AAUUGUAUGCAUUACAAAUAGAACCGGUGGCGGCGGGUGGUAUGUGACCAAAGAAAUAUAGGCGUAGAAGUAAGUAGGCCUUUCCCAAAUGGAAAAAGGAAGGGCCUUUGGAUCUCUUUGUUUUUUCAUAUAAAAGAAGGGUCGAGGAGCUUAGGAAUUGACAAGGAAGGGCAGUAGAAGAAAGAUGAUGAAAAAGAAGAACAAUUCUAAUCCACCACAUGAAGGAAAAUUAGAAACUAUGAAGAACAAUUCUAUAAAGAUACAGAAGAAACAGAGGAAAUCGAUUGCAAAGACUAAUCUUUUGAAUCAAAUUACCAGCAAUGGAGAACAAUAGAUUAAGCUUAAGAAGAAGAAAUCCAUUCAAAAGUCCAAAGGCAAGUGCAUUAUGGGGCAUAUGGAUGUUGAUGAGGCCACUUGUCAUUUUAAUUGCCCUUUCCAGGACGAUAUAAUUAUGGAGAUCCUCUACAGGUUACCCGUCCGCGAUCUUUUUCAAUUCAAAUGUGUUUCUAAAUUGUGGAAUGCAUUAAUAUCUGAUCCUCACUUUGUCAACAAGCAUCUCUAUCGUGCAAAGAAUGAUCCACAUUCCCAAAAACUUCUUAUUUACCAACGUUCUCUUACAGAUCCUACAACUUCCAUCUAUUCUUGUCCUUUAUCAUCCUCCCUUCAACAGGUUAACAAAAUACAAAAACUUGAUUCCCCUUCAAGCUCUAUAGCCAUAAUCCAUUGUACUUAUAAUGGCUUGGCUGUUAUCCGUGUUUCCACUCCAGCUACUUAUAAAAACUCCGGACAUAUCCUAUGGAACCCCCUCCACAAGAGAAUCAAUACUGCUUCCUCAACCAAUAUUUCCAGUACAGACUGGUUAUUCUUUAGGAUUGGGUUAUGACUCAACUAGUGGUGACUAUAAGAUCCUAAAUAUUUGCAGUCACAGUCAUGGUAGCAAAGUACCUGGUGAAAUUCUCUCGUUGAAAAGUGGUUCCUGGAGAACUAUUGAUAACCAUCCUCGUGGAAUUGAGAAUUUGCUGCAU